AUGGAGCACGCAGCACUAUGCGCAUCCAACUACACAACGCCAAAAUGCUUACGUAAAGAGGCAUCUUGUGAUCUCAGGAGGCUCCAGUCCCUGCUUGCUAAAAGCAAUCCCAGAAAAGAGGUGGCAAAAGGAUGCAGCAGCCGAGCCAGCAGUUCCCCACAUCCUCCAAAACACUCCCGAAGACACGUGGGUGACAAAGACAUCUGCAACGAAGACAUGACAUACAAAGACCAGCGAUAUUUCAGCAGCCACCCUCUCAGCAAGUUGUUCUCUGAUAUUCUUGUCUCUUUGGUCAAGAAUCGACUCUGCAGUGAAUGGAUUGACCAGGCCCCGUCUGAGUCGGCCCUCAGAAGAGUUCUUCAUCAGCUCCAAGGCAUCAGUUCACUCGCCAGGUAUAUGGAGUCUGUCACUGCCAAGUACAUGACUGGUGGCGAGCAGUGGUUUGCAGCACAGCAGCUUGUUACGAUGACCUACAUGUUUCAGAAGCUGUCCGCCGCUGAAAAUCAAAGGGGCUGGGUCAUCCAGAGCGGUGCUCACAGGACCCUGGUGAAGCUCCUCUCUACGACAGACAGCGGUGUGUUACUGGGAGCUCUGCUGGCUUUAAUCACUUUGGCUGAGAGCCCAGAGUACAAGAAUGAGAUUGGGGAGCCACCAAUAGUAGCAAGCCUACUUACCAUACUUCAGGAAUAUGACCUCCCAUCAAAGAGGCAAAGAAUCACCCAUUUGGGUGCGUGUGCAUGUGGGCUGAAACCUGGUGCCUCCUCCAGGAUGGCUGCAGAGCUGCUGAGGCUGCUCUCGCCGGUGCAGCGGGUCAGGGGCCGGGUGGGGGAGCUGGAGGGAGUGCCGGUGCUGCUGAGCCUGCUGCACGGCCGACACCUCCAGCUGCUCUGGAGCGUCACCUGGAUCCUGGUCCAGCUCUGCGAGGAUCCCGAUUCGAGGAGCGAGAUCCGGAGCUGGGGCGGAGUGCAGCCGCUCCUCCGACUGCUCAACAGUGACAGGCAGUAUGUGUCUGACCGCUCCUGCUUCGAGAAACUGUCCAGCUCUAACUCUGCCGAUCGCAUCCUGAGGGAGCACAUGGGCGACGAUGGCGGCCCGCUGGAGGAAUCCAACAGCUCUGUGGCCCUGAAGUCAGCCUGCUGUACAGCUCUGACUGAGUUGAGCCUGGAUGACGCGUCUGCUCACCACAUUGUGCUGGAGAAUGGGAUUUUUAUCAUCGCAAAAUUGAUUUUACCACAUUAUUCUGGACCAAAGGCCCAUUCUUUGCAGUGCUACGCUUUCCGGACCCUCCGAUUCCUCUUUAGCGUUGAAAGAAACAGACAUCUGUUUAAAAGACUCUUUCCCACAGACCUCUUUGAGAUGUUUAUUGAUGUUGGACAUUAUGUGCGAGACCUCGCAGCCUACGAGGGCCUGCAAACCAAAAUUUCCCUCCUCGCUGAGGAGGAGCUGGACAGCCUGAGAGAGAACAUUGAAGCUGUGGAUCAGAACCGGCCCCCCCUGAGAGUGGUCAACGGUUACUCCAUACUUGACCAUCUGGGCACAGGAGCCUUUGGAAGUGUCUUUAAGGUUCGAAAGCAGAGUGGCCAGAACCUUCUGGCUCUGAAGGAGGUCAACCUGCACAACCCGGUGUUCGGCAAAGACAAAAAGUCCAGAGACAGUAACGUGGAGAAGAUCAUCUCUGAGCUGACGAUCAUCAGAGAGCAGGCGCGCAGCUCCAUGACACACCCAAACAUCGUCAGAUAUUACAAAACGUUUCUGGAAGGUGAAAAGCUUUACGUCGUGAUGGAGCUGAUUGAGGGGGUGCCGCUGGCCGAGCACUUCAACUCUCUGAAGGAGAAGCAGCAGCGCUUCACUGAAGACAGAAUUUGGAAGAUAUUCAUUCAGAUGUGUUUGGCGUUGAGGUACCUGCACAAAGAGAAGAGGAUCGUCCACCGCGACCUCUCACCGAACAACAUCAUGCUGGGGGAGGAGGACAGAGUCACCAUCACCGACUUCGGCCUCGCCAAGCAGAAACAGGAGAGCAGCAAACUGACGUCAGUGGUCGGGACCAUCCUGUACUCCUGUCCAGAGGUGGUGAAAAACGAGCCGUACGGGGAGAAAGCUGACAUCUGGGCUCUGGGCUGCGUCCUCUAUCAGAUGGCCACGUUACAGCCGCCGUUCUACAGCAGCAACAUGCUGGCACUGGCCAGCAAGAUUGUUGAAGCCGCCUACGAGCCGGUAGAAGAAGAAGCUUUCUCUGAGAGGGUCACAGACAUGAUCAGAUGGUGUUUGAGUCCAGAUGCGGACCGGCGGCCGGACAUCGUAGCCGUCGGCUCCAGGAUCUCUGACCUCAUGAUGAGCCUCAUGGAUGGCCUCUACUCCUCCCACCACGCGCUGGAGCGAAGGGCUGAGAAGGAGAGGAAACGAGCACAGAAGUACUUCCUGGAAAGACAUAAAGCCACCUGUCACCAGGAGCUGCACGCUUUGCAGGAGAGACCUCUCAGGGAGGCUGAUUCGCCGGCUCAAAAUUCCUCAGCUGCAUGCUGUUCAGACCUCAGCCAGCAGCGCAUCACUCAAGGUGGCAGUUUUCAUAGGGCUCAGGUUUUCACGCCGGGCCGCGAAACCAGAGUGACAGGCCAAAAACGACCCGGGCGCUUCCACGGGGACACAAAACAUCCUGAAACCCAGCGGCACCCCAGACAUCACAGCCGAUCGAGAUUUUUCUCCUUUAAAGAUGAAACCAAGACCAGGUACGGCUCCGACACAAGAGACGAAAGCAGCAACACAACACAACACAAUGUCCCCCAUUGGUCAGAAAUGUGUGUGUGUGCUUGUGCUCGUACCCCAGUGUCCUCGGGGAUCUGUGUGUCCCAGAAGCGGCUUCGGCAGAUAGACGACCCCGUCCAGAGACUCCUCGUUCAGCUGCACAAAAUCAUCAGCAUCACUCAACUGCUCCAGGCCUCUCCAGAGCUGGUGGCCGCGUCAGACUGGUGGCCUCUGGUGCACCGCCUCCCAGCAGGCCCCCACCCUGCCGACCGCUCAGCCGAUGGGAGUCUCAAAGAUGGAGUUACAUAUCAGCAGAUGCAGGGGAUUAUCGAGGAGCUCCUGGAGGAGAACGGCUACUACGAAGCACCACAGAGCAGGAUCAAAGAGGAAAGAGAUAACCGAGGAAAGAAGUGAGAGACGUCUGUUCUCAUCUGAAACAUGGCAAGACUCAAAGUUGGCAUCAUACUCAUAGCAGUAUGAGUAUGUAAUCCACCCAGACUGGAAUCACUUUCACUGACAUUAUAAAGCUGUAAGAGUGCAGAGUAAAAGUCCAAACCGUGGCAUCGCCCACCUGCUUUUUGAACAGGUGUCAUGUGACCUUGGGAAACAAAUCCGAUUUGUUGCAUGAAUGUGAUGACGGUGGAAACUAAGUUCAGAUCAAACUGUAACUCUGCAUGUGGCGGUCAGACCGCUGAGCUGACGUCAAGCUUCCUGUUUCGUUGCACUUUCAAUUCUCAGGAUCAAAGAGUUGUGCCUCUUUACUGCACGUUCCAGCGCACAUGAGCCAGUUUCCUCCUUAUCAACGAGCUUUAUAAGAGCCUCAAUUCCACUUAUCACAUCUUCCACACCUGCGAAGGAUGUUUAAACCAAAUCAAAUGUUUUUUUUCCAGUAUUGUGCACAUUGUGACAUGCAUUAUGAAAUAGAAUUUAUUUUUCAGUGACGAUGAUUCAUAUUGUAUUUUUCUUUGGAGGACACUUUGUUCAUCGUAAUUGUGUGUGAUCUCUACAAGAAAUUAUUUAAUAAAC